UUCAGGAGCAUAACUUCAUUUUCUGUUUUGAAUGUAUUGGUUUUAUAAUUCCUGUUAAUUUCAUUAGAUACAAAUGAUCUUUGCCUUACAGUAUUUUGGAUUUUAAAAAAAAAUUGCUAGCCUGUUUGAGUUCUUGCUUGAGUAGAAAAGUGGCAUAAAUCAAACAAUGAAAUUAACUCAGAGUUAGUUCACCUUUUAGCUUUUCCUACAUGCAGUCUAAUUUUUAUGCAGAAAAAAUGUAUGUUGUGGUUUAGAAUCUCAAAUGGGAUAACCAGUAUGUAGCUGCUUAAAUACUCUGCCCAUAGCAGAAACAAUAAGUGAGACAUUAAUUAUUUACAUCUAAUUACGUCUGAAAUAGGCCUUGUAAAAUAGAAGUAUGUGGGCAAGUUGAAGGUUCAUCAGUUUAAGUAGAUAAUAUGGCUGUGCAGAAUGUUCUUUCAUGGAUCAUUCUAGCUUUGGAACAGCCCAUUUUGGAAUUAGAACAUUCUGUGAUAGAAUGUUAGUAAGUAACUUGCAUAGAUAAGCAAAAAUGUUGAAACUUAAUGGACUGGAUCUAUAAUAGCCAUUCUGCAAGCAGAUAGCUCUGGAUAAUGAACAGAUGCUCUACACUGGAGAAAGGGAAAGGAGGCAAUCAGUUUGUUUGCAGCUCUCUCUGGAUUUCUUCUGCUACUUCAGAAACACUCCCAGCUUUCCAUGACAUUUUUCAAGAAGCAGAGGCAAUUGCAGGAAGAGAAAGGACACAAGAAGAGCUCUGCCCAGCCCUCUCAUGGGAUAAAUCUGGAACUGGACAGGAAGAAACAAAACUGCAGAAUGCCAGCAAACUGAUAGUGCAUACAGUCAUUCAGCAGGCAGUCCAGCAGCUCUCUCAGGAGAGCCGCCAGAAGGAAAAAGGCACAGAGAGCAGCCUGGGCCUGCAGCUUGAAAGAGGGCAAUUAACCAAGAAGCAUGAGAAGAAGUAAAAGACCACCACUGUUGCUCAUGGAUCAUCCACAUGGCAGCCCUUCCAGCUUCUUAGAUUCAGCUUGUGUUGUCAGUGCAACACAACCACAGAAAAGCAUCCCAAAGUAUAAUCAGCUGCUAGUGAUAGACGUAGGCAGUUGCAGUAGUCCUCGUUGAGAAAUAGGGUUUUAAGAGCAUUAAGUAACAUAGCUAACAUUGAGGCAGUGCCUCUAAACUCAUUACUAAAUAAUGCAAUGGCGGCUGUUGUAGUGUCCAGCACAAAACCCUUCUAAACUAAAGUUCUGUAUUCAAAAUGUCCUUAUAUCUCUGCCUAUGUCAUCAAUAUAUAGUCAAUUGGAAGGCAUCUGUAUGGUUCCAGGUUCCCAAGGAUCUAAUAUAUUGACACAUAGAACAGUAUGUUUGAAGUUGUGUCACUGAAGCACGAAUCCAUACAUAGGGUUAAGAAAGUAGUGUAAGAUUCAAAACAGUUGCAGUAAAAUGGGACUGAUCUAUGAAAGACCCUUCCAUAAAUAAACAAAGUAGGCUUCAACAAGGUUCAGGUUCCAGAUUUAGGUGUUUUUUUUUCUUAAUUAUUUGUUUAAAUUCUAAAUGGGUUAAUCAGUAUUUAAAGAUGCCAAUGAGCAUUGGGCAGUAUCUAGAGAAAGUUAGGUAUUACUGUGUCCCUUUAGAAAUAAGCUUUUUUUUUUUUAAUUCAGUGGGAUUUAUUCCCAGGUAAGCGUGUAAUGGAUAAUCACCCACAUGCCUUAAUAUCAAUUAUAUUUGAAAGUUUUACCUCUGUUAUUCAAUCUCAUUGUUCUCCAUUGGGAGGUGCUGUUAUCUUCCAUUUGCUCUUAUUUAUAGUUUCACCAAAUGUAUUUAAAAUAUCACAAUAAUGUUAAAAUGUGGCUGUAAGUGACCCCCAUAGUGAGUUGAUCUCAAGAUAUCACCACUGAUUGCAAUUAACUUGUCGGUAAUCAAUCCUCCAUGAGCCCUGGAGAAUACCUAUGAGAAACCAGUGCAUGGAUGGGCCCUUCAGUUGUAUUCCUUGUGUACAAGAAAAUAAAGAAAGGGAAAGAAAAAUAAGCU